AUGGCGACAACAAGAAUGUUCUGCUUCGUGCUCGUGAUGAUUCUAAUGGGAAUUUGUUGCUCGGCAAAAAUCUACAAAGUGGGAGACUCGGAGGGAUGGAGAGCGAAGAAGGGCGGUACCUAUUAUGAAUGGACUAAGCGUAAGGAAUUCCAAGUGGGAGAUUCUCUGAUGUUCGAAUACGAUGGCAACGCCAACGACGUCACUCAAGUUUCCAGUCGUUUGGAAUACCAAUUCUGCAACUCUCAUUCUCCUAAAGCUGUUUACAACAAAGGGCACGAUGUCGUGACUCUCACGGAACCAGGUUAUCACUUCUUCAUCACCUCAAAUCAUUCUCAAUGCGUAGCCGGACAGAAACUCGUCGUUUUUGUCGUCCAUGAGCAUCCAACGAUUCCUCCACCACCACCACCGAGAAAGAUCCAUCCAUUCGGAAAAGAUUACAAGGUUGGUGACUCCAACGAAUGGAAGGUUCCUGAAGAGAGUGACUUCUAUUCCAAGUGGAGUGAGGAGAAACA